AUGAUGGAAAGGAAUAAUGAAAGGCUGCUGAACUUAAUGGAGAAGCAGAUGAGUCGUUUCCAUGAAGAUGAUGAGGGAAAAUUUUAUAAGAGAUUGUCUAGUCAUCAACCUCCAAAAUAUGAUGGAGAACCUGAUCCAGUUCGCUUUGAGGAUUGGAUUGCAGAAAUGGAGAAACUGUUGGAGGCUAUAAACUGCCCGUUAAGGAUGAAAGUGAAAUUAGCCGCAUUCUACUUAACAGGCACUGCUGAAUUAUGGUGGAGGACUGUAAAACAAACCGCCAUAGAUUCUACAUGGGAAGAAUUUAUAAAGAAGCUUCGUGAUCAAUUUUACCCACCCUCACUUCAGAGAAAGAAAGAGAAUGAAUUCUUGUUUCUGAGGCAAGGAACUAUGUCAGUGAUCGAGUACGCAAGUAAGUACAGAGAGCUGGCUAGAUUCGCUACCGAAAUAGUGAUCUCUGAUCGGGGCAAGGCGAUUAGAUUUUUCGAAGGUCUGAACCUCAGGAUCCAAAAAGGCACUCCUAGAUAUCAAGAUUUUUAUGAAUUGUACAAUCAAGCGUUGGAGUACGAGCGUAUAUUGGAAAAAGAAGACGGGUUUAAUAAAAGAAAGAAUGAAUCUAGUGGGGGCAGUAGGUACAAGAAGGCCAGGAAUGAGGGGAAGAAGCCGUUUCAGACUGUAGCAAGGCCGACACAGUGGAAAUGUAGGUUAUGUGGAAAAGAUCAUCGAGGCCGAAACUGUAAUGGGAAGAUUGUAUGCUACAAGUGUCAUAAGGAGGGACAUCUGGCUAAUAACUGCGGGGAAACGUUCAAUCAGAGUAGAACAACAUCAGAAGUUGUAGGAAACAGAGCAUUUGGCACUCAGAGGAAUGAGACUAGAGCAUCCGUGGGCCUGCAUGCAAUUGGAGAUCAUUAUGGUGGUUUACACCAGGAGUUUGAAGUGGAAGGUAAAGUAAUUUCUGGAAAAUUUCCUAUUGGUAAUUUAAUAGCAAAUGUUUUGUUUGAUUGUGGAGCGGAUAGGUCUUUUAUUUUUAGUGCUUUUCUCCGCAUAUCUUCUACUUCUUUGAAACCUCAAAAAUCCCAUUUGUGUAUCAAUUUACCUGAUGGUACGCCUUAUCAAUGUGACCGUAUCUUUUAUGAUUUUCCAUUGGAGAUUUGUGGGAAUCUUUUACCAGCUGAGUUAAUUCAAUUCGAUUUGGGAGCAUUCGAUAUAAUUUUGGAUUUUUAG